CUGAGUGAAAUCUCUCCACGGCCUGAUGAUUUUGUCGCCUGUUUGGAAAACAGUGUCUCUGUAGAUGAGCUUGAGGCAGUGCAUAAGUCAGUACAGGAUGAAAAAAUGGUCCUGCGUGGAAAAGAUUCCGGUGGUGAGCAAGGAGUUUUCGUCAAGCAGCAACUGAGCAGCCUCGAUUUCGUUGACGGUCUCAUAAGGAAAAGGCUAGUUCUACUAACCAAUAACACCGUGGACAGUGGCGGUUUAGACGUGGCUCGCGUGAUCUCGAAGUGA